GAAGUCAUCGAGGCACCUUCACUCCCUGCCCAAGUGACUCUCAAGUGGAUUAAUACUUCAGUGAACGAGAGGAUCAUCUCUCAUUUGGAGAUUGAACCCAAAAAAGUGACCCUCUUUUGCUUUCUGCCCAGAAAAAAAAAAGAACCAUAAUCCCACAUUCGCCAAAGGCAAAUAAGCACAUAAACGACGAUGAGGAUUUCAGUGAUUCUCGAGGCUCUUGUGAUCUUGGCUCUUGUGGCUUUUGCAUCAGCGAGAAUUAUUGAAGCAACAGAAAAAGACAAGAGCACUCCAGCUGCCACAAAUCGACAGGAAGAGAUAAUUGUCAGUGACGAUGAUUUUGCGGAAGAACAGGAGCAUUCUGCCGGAGAUGACAUAGCGGCAAAUGAGGUGGAUUCAGCUGCUGAGCAAGUGAUAGCAGCUCCUGAAGCACCAGAGAUUUCAGAUGUCCCACAGGUCCCAGUAAUCGUGGAAGAUGGGGAAAGUCCCGUGCCUGUUAAUAUCGACGAUGUCCACCCAAUCAAUCGCUACUGCACCUGCAAUGCCGAUGAGUGCAACUGCUGCCGAGAAUUCAAAUUGCCUCUUGUGUCCAUCCGGGGUCCUGGAUGUGCGACUGUGCGAUACUUGGAGAGGAAUAAGCUCUCCGUGGCCAUCAAAUACGGAGAUAUUACGUUGACACAGCGAACGAUCUCGGGCAGGAAAGCUACACCAAUUUGCAUGCCCUUGCCUGGAGGCUACUCUCGGUUCUGUGGACGAGUUUAUGGGAUUACCCGUCAGAAGGAGGACUUUAGGGCAUGUUUGGGAUUGGAAUUGAGAGCGCAGGAUGAAGUGGAAGCUGCUUUGAGGGUAUCAUGCUUCAAUUUCGGCCCCAAGGGUUUGACUCUCACGAAUGCUGAGCCAUUGCCUCCGCCUGUGGAUGCUGAAUCUGACGAUGAUGACGAUGAUGAUGACAUCUUGAGUGGAUUAGUUGGCGGAGAUGAUGAUGACGAUGAUACUGGUGGUGGAGACGUUCUGGGAUUAGCUGAUGAUGACGAAGAGCCUGAAGGUGAAGAUGACGAUGAUGAUGAUGAUGACGAUGACUACGAUGAUGAUGAUGCUGAAGAGACUGCCAGCGAUGAUGCGGAUUACUCCGGCUUCAGCCUUCUCAGUGGAGACAUUAUUGACGGGCUCUUCGGUACAGAUGUUGGAACGCGUAAGAAGAAGCCAUCUCCAGCUGAUGCUGUUGACGUCAAUCGGAAAAAGUUGACCAUUGAACAGCCCCAGGCUACGAAGAAAGUGUCAGUGGUGGCGUCCGUGCCGGAGAAGGUGGACAAGACUAAGAAACCCAUCAAAAGUGGCUCAACGAAAGUCGUUAUUCCAAACUCACCAGCCAUUCUCAGUUCAGCCCAACUCACCCAGAAUGAAAUUGAAAGUUCACCAGGAAACAAGGUCGAGGCCAUAGAGACCACCACGAAGAAGAACAAGAAGGAAGAGUCUCUGCUGGAUGUCGUGGGUGCCUUUGUGGGAGGAGAUGAUGAUGAUACAGCUGAGGAGCUUGAUGAGGACGAUGACGAUGAAGAUGAGAAAGAUGACGAUGAGGAAAUUGAAGAGGAAGACGAUGAAGACUCCGACGUAGAUGCCGAAGCUGACGCAGAAGAGGAAGCUGAUGAAGAGUCAGAGGAAGCUGAGGAAGAGGAUGAAAAGAAGAAAGCCACUACAGCCAAAGCCAUUCCCAACAAAAAGACCACCAACAAGAAGAAGAACAAUUUCGGCCUGGGACUCUUGGGACUCGCGAGGUUUUUCAAGCUGAUAUAGAAAGGGCAAGUCCUUGCAAUAGACACUAGGGGAGACUGGGGCAAAAAGUCACAAAUCGAAAAAUUCAAAAUUCAAUAUCUUCCAAGGUAAAAAAGAUAGCGACUCGAAUUUUUUUUCUAUAGAUAGCCUCCAUAGACCUUCUUCAAUGUCGUAAGUUUCUUAGAAUUCGAACUAGGAAUUUAGGAAAUAAAAAAUAUCGA